AUGGCAGGCACCAAGCUCGCAGCCCUCGCACUCAUUUUUAUUUUAAGCAUUGGAUUAGCUAGUGCCGCACGGGUGGCUAGAUACUCUAGUGGGGCAGAAACUAGCACAGGAGGAGGGGGAGGGGGCGGCGGGUAUGUAAAAGGUGGUGGCUCGGGGUCAGGUAGCGGCAUUGGCUCUGCCGAGAGUGACGGCGGUGUCCGUGCAAGCGUCGUAGGCGGUGGGGGUGGCAGCGGCACUAGCCAACUUGGUGGUUCAGGGUAUGGUGAUGGAACUGGCUCGGGCGUAAGUUCUGGUACCUAUGGCAAAGGGUCACAUUAUGAUUCUGGUGGGUAUACUAGCACUGCGUGGAGUGGUGGUGGCGGCGGUGGCGGGGGACAAGCCGGAGGUAACUCUGGAUCCAGUGGUCAUGGGGCUGGCAGUGGAACCGGCUCUGGCUCCAGUACCGCAGUAGGAGUCUUCAGAGGACCAAAUUUUGUGAAUGCCAAAUCUGAUGGCAAUGGUGAUGGCCAAGGCUUCAGUCAAAACGGUGGGAACGGUGGCGGCCAAGGCAGUGGAUCUGGGAGUGCAGAUUCACGCCCUUAG